CACCGGCUUUGAUCUACCCUCACGUCCUUGGGUAGGUCCCUUUGCUAGUGGGGUGGCCUUGCGUGACCCUCCUGUUUCGCAAGAAUGAGACCGAAGUGGAUUAUUAUGGUGUGAUGGCCUUAACCUUUUCAUAUAUAAUGAACCUCCACACCAAUUUUCCAUCACAUCUGCUAGCUCUUCUCACGCUCUUCCCCCACUCGAACAAGAAGUCACUCAAUGCUAACCAAAAAGAAAAAGCAUUAUCAGCAGUAGUAACCAUUCUCAUUCACGGAACAAGAGGCCGACUAGCAACCCUCAAAUAUCGCUAUCCGAAGCGCAUUCGAUUACCCCAUAUUUGGUGACAUGUCAUCGGGACAACAGUCCCUAGUCCUGUAUUCAUACUCCACAGCCCAUAUAUACAAAGUUCUUCAACCUUGUCCCCAACGCCAUCCCCUUCUGUUGCCUCUUUGUGAGGACCAGCCAAUAUGGCAACUGAAUGGUCGCUUGACUUCUGCCUUGCUUGUGACCGUCAGACCCUAGGGGAACCAUAUUGCUCCCAAGCCUGCAGGCUGGCUGAGCUGGAUACCGUCUCGAAGGAGGCGACAGCACCUCAUGCGAUCGUGUGUCCACAACCAACUAGGGCCCCCAGACAAGCUGGGCGUUCUGUGACCGGAUCUUUCGUAACAACGGGAACGGCGCCGGCGGGAUCAUCUGGUUCCCAAUACCCCAAAAGGGUACUAUCGCCAUCUUCUUCGCAGACAUCACUGUCGUCGGUCAAGAGCAGCUCAUCACGGUCCUUCGUGGUAGCAAGUCAAUUCAAAAACGAGUUACGGGAUUAUGCAUGCAGCUUCGACCACGUCCGUGACUUGAAAAGACGUUUCGCAUCUUAGCGCCCUAUGAUUACAACCAGAUCUAUUCUCCAUGAGCACCAUUGUAUCGAAGCAAUGGUGGCUAUUGUGGACAAAACCCACGGACCCCUCGCACUUCAGCAGCCUAAUCCAGUAUCACCUCCCAUUCCCAAGAGAACCAUUCAUUGAUUGUCAUAUCCUUUUUAUUACGAGAGCUAUAUACCCAGCAUUAAUUAUACCAUCAGGCCAUCCUGGGCAACAUGCAUACCCAAAUAAGCCUGCAGUGUGGCAUUCGGCGUGAGGAAGCACAGAAAUCAGUCAGGCAUGGAAGGGAAGGGAAGGUAGUGGGAGAGGGAAUAAGCAAUGACGGGCAAGGGGUGGGAUGGGCCAGAGAAGGAAAGUACAUAGGGGAGACAGUGAUGGAAAGUAAGUGGGACCAGAAAUGAAAGUAA